CUGCUGCUGCUGCUGCUGCUGGGGAUGCGGAUGAGGCUCUGCAGCUCUGAAUGAAUCAAAUGUCUGUGGCCCGCUGCUGGACGGCUGCGCUAUGAACGCGUUAUCAUCCCACAGUCCAGUGCCUGGAACCACUCUAAUUAUGGAUAUCUUGUAUUUUCUGUGGAUACUGCCAACGGUGUGGGCUGUCGAAGAAGUACUAAUGGACUCAACCACAGCAACAGCAGAACUGGGCUGGACCAUCUACCCAUCACAGGGGUGGGAAGAAGUGAGUGGCUAUGAUGAAAACAUGAACACUAUUCGAACAUACCAAGUGUGCAACGUCUUCAAUAGCAGCCAGAACAACUGGGUCCGCACCAAGUACAUCCGGCGCCGCGGGGCUCAGCGCAUCCACGUCCAGAUGAAGUUCUCAGUGCGAGACUGCAGUUCUAUACCCAACGUCCCUGGCUCCUGCAAGGAGACCUUCAAUCUGUACUACUAUGAGUCUGACUCUGACACAGCCACUAAAUUGUCCCCUCCCUGGAUGGAGAACCCCUGGGUGAAGGUGGACACUAUAGCAGCCGAUGAGAGUUUCUCUCAGGUGGAUCUUGGUGGACGCAUCAUGAAGAUUAACAGUGAAGUCCGGAGUUUUGGACCUGUUUCGCGCAGCGGCUUCUACCUUGCUUUUCAGGAUUACGGUGCAUGCAUGUCAAUCAUCGCUGUUCGAGUCUUCUACAGGAAAUGUCCCCGUGUGACCCAGAAUGGUGCCAUCUUCCCAGAAACUCUUUCUGGAGCAGAGAGCACGUCUCUGGUGGCGGCCAGAGGGGUGUGUGUUCCCAACGGGGAGGAGGUGGAUGUUCCCAUCAAGCUGUACUGCAACGGGGAGGGGGAGUGGAUGGUCCCCAUCGGGCGCUGCAUGUGCAAGGCCGGGUACGAGUCAGUGGAGAAUGGAACGGUCUGCAGAGCUUGUAUAUCAGGCUUCUUCAAGGCUGCACAGGGAGUCCUCUCAUGUCUGCAGUGCCCCAUCAACAGCCGGACCACCAGCGAAGGAGCAACUAACUGUGUGUGUCGCAGCGGAUAUUACCGCACCGACUCCGACCCUCAACAGAUGCCCUGCACAACUGUUCCAUCAGCUCCACAAAACGUGAUCUCCAUAGUGAAUGAGACCUCUCUGAGGCUGGAGUGGAGCCCCCCCCAGGAGGGCGGUGGCCGAGAAGAUGUUGUCUACAACAUAAUAUGUAAGAGUUGUGGCAGUGGGCGGGGGGGCUGCACCCGCUGUGGAGACAAUGUGCAGUUUGUCCCACGUCAGCUGGGUCUGACGGACAGCCGCGUCCACAUCAGCGACCUCCUGGCCCACACCCAGUACACCUUCGAAAUACAGACUGUGAAUGGCGUGUCGGACCAGAGCCCGUACUCCCCCCAGCACACGUCCGUCAACAUCACCACCAACCAGGCUGCCCCAUCGGCAGUGUCCAUCAUCCACCAGGUCAGCAGAGCCCCGGACAGCAUCACCCUGUCCUGGUCACAGCCGGACCAGCCCAACGGAGUGAUCCUGGACUAUGAACUGCAGUACUAUGAGAAGAACCAGGCAGAGUUGAACUCCUCUCUGACGAGGAGUCAGACCAACACUGCAGUCGUACGGAGCUUGAAAGCUGGAACUAUCUACGUGUUUCAGGUUAGGGCCCGGACUGUCGCUGGAUUUGGUAGUUUUAGUGGCAAAAUGUACUUCCAAACCAUGACUGAAGAGGAAUAUAACACCAGUAUCCAGGAGAAGCUCCCCCUCAUCAUCGGUUCUGCUGCUGCAGGGGUCGUCUUCAUCAUUGCCAUCACUGUCUUCAUAAUUGUCUGCCGCAGCAGGAGAAGUACGGAAAGACCAGAAUCAGAGUACACAGACAAACUCCAACAACAUUACACCAGUGGUCACAAAGUGUCACCUGGAAUGAAAAUCUACAUCGACCCCUUCACAUAUGAAGACCCUAAUGAAGCAGUCAGGGAGUUUGCCAAGGAGAUUGACAUGUCCUGUGUCAAGAUUGAACAAGUUAUUGGUGCAGGUGAGUUUGGGGAGGUGUGCAGUGGGAACCUCCGACAGCCUGGGAAGAGAGAGAUCCUGGUAGCCAUCAAGGCGCUGAAGGCAGGCUACACUGAGCGCCAGAGGCGGGACUUUCUGAGCGAGGCCUCCAUCAUGGGCCAGUUCGACCACCCCAACAUCAUCCAUCUGGAGGGGGUGGUUACCAAAAGCACCCCUGUGAUGAUCGUCACUGAGUUCAUGGAGAACGGAUCCCUCGACUCCUUCCUCAGGCAAAACGAUGGGCAGUUCACGGUGAUCCAGCUGGUGGGAAUGCUGCGUGGCAUAGCAGCAGGGAUUAAGUACCUGUGUGACAUGAACUACGUCCAUCGAGAUCUGGCAGCGAGGAACAUCCUGGUCAACAGCAACCUGGUGUGCAAAGUGUCCGACUUCGGACUGUCACGAUUCCUCGAGGACGAUACUUCAGACCCCACCUAUACCAGUGCUCUGGGAGGGAAGAUUCCCAUCCGGUGGACGGCUCCAGAGGCCAUUCAGUACAGGAAGUUCACCUCCUCCAGUGACUGCUGGAGCUAUGGCAUAGUCAUGUGGGAGGUGAUGUCAUAUGGAGAAAGGCCGUACUGGGACAUGAGCAACCAGGAUGUCAUCAAUGCCAUAGAGCAGGACUACAGGUUGCCCCCCCCAAUGGACUGUCCUAAUGCCCUGCAUCAGCUGAUGUUAGAUUGCUGGCAAAAAGACCGCAACAACCGGCCCAAAUUCAGCCAGAUUGUCAGCACCCUAGACAAGAUGAUCCGCAACCCCAACAGCCUGAAGGCCACCACACCGCUGUCAUCAAGUGUUCACUUACCUCUGCUGGACCGCACCACUCCAGACUUCUCCUCUUUCAGCACAGUGGAUGAGUGGCUGGAGGCCAUAAAGAUGGGCCUGUACAAGGAGAACUUUGCCAACGAAAGCUUCACCACCUUUGAACUGGUGUCGCAAAUGACCAUGGAGGACAUCUUCAGAGUGGGAGUGACACUGGUCGGUCACCAGAAGAAGAUCCUCAACAGCAUCCAGUCCAUGAGGGCCCAGAUGAACCAGAUCACCUCAGUGGAGGUGUGAUGUUGCAGAGGAAGCCUACCUGCAACCAUCGAGGACACUUUCAGUGACUUUAUCCCACACACACUAACACACACCACCAGCACCACACAGAUGUUUAGGAGUGUUCUUGUAGCUGCUGUAUGUUCAGCUAACAUGCAGGCCUUUGUGUUGUGGAGGACCAUACCCAUAGCCCGCUUCAAAUGCUCCGUGUGCUUCACAGGACUCCUUGUGUUUAUUCUAGUAAUAACACACCAAGUUCAACCAUCAGUGAGCAAUCAGUUUCCAAAACUGGCCUUGCACUUACAUGACUCACUGCUGGAAAUUAAAAUGAACAAAAGUGAAAAACAGUGACAACUAAACUCAACCUACAGUAUGUGCUCAUAGCUGGCAGCACCCAUUUCUUUCUGAUGCAGAAUUUCUUACGGCUCUUACUGAGAGCAGCUCUGACUGCUGGCUCUGAAACAGUAACGCUGGUCUUACACGUUUUCUAUGAGCGGCCCCUGGGCACAGUGCUGGGACCCUAGAUGUUAAUUUGAAGGUAUACUCCGUAACAGUUUCAUCAUAUCAAACACAUUUUUGGUAAUCUUAAUGGCUGGCUGUUUUAAAGUGAUUUUGACUGGAAUGCAAAAAUGCACACAUGGUUCAACCAGUGUACGCACAUUCAUUCACAGGAAAGGAUGCGCCCACACACUAGUUAUUGUAUCUGAUGUGAAACGUCAUCUCUCCUCUGGUCCAGUCUGCAGCGGCACUGUGAACACAUCUACCAGACGCUCUGCUUCUGAAGCAGCUCUGGGAUCUGUGGGGAAAAACAUACUUGUCAUUAGCAGUAGUAACUUCAGAUGGCACAUAACAACAGCACUUCAUUCAUAAUAACUGUACCCACAGAUACGCACAGUUGAUUGGCCUACUUCCUCACCUCCACACACUCUGCCAUCAAUAGUCGAAUUCUCUAUUUCCAAACAUUAUAAGAUAUCUAAAAAUACUAAAUGUAUAAAUAAAGCAAACAAUAGUUCUAAUACACAUGGGUUCAUGGCAGUGACCAAACAAUAUCCAGCACCACAAAGGCAGAUUAUUGCACUCUGGUGAAGCUGCAUUUCCAGCGCAUGCAGCAGCUCUACUAGACUCGCCCCCCCUCACACGAUAUAGGUUUCCACUGCAUACGGCCCUCAGUGAAGGGUCAGCUGACACUGCCUGACAGCUCUGAUUCAACAGGACUGAAUUUCUUCCAUAUUCACCAGGAACGUCUGCACUUGCUCUAUUGGACGUUGCAGUUUAAGGCAUAGUUUUACCAGCCUGUUUUACAUUUGGCUUCAUUGAAAAAAAAGCGAUCCCUGUUGACAGUAGGUUGGCUAACGUCUGGUUGGUGCAGGAUGUCCAUUGACACGCUAGUGAUCUCUCUGAUCAAUCAGUGGUCUGCAGUUUGGCCUUCACCUUAUCCAUUCAGCUCUCUGGGAUCUUCUGCUGGGGGGUACUACUCAAGUCUUCAUGAGUCCAGUAGAGCCGCAACAUGUGGUGGAAACGGGCCAUAGGAAAAUUAAACUUGGGUUGUGUGCAAAGUUAAAGUUAAGAAGUCGGCAGUUCUUGUCAUGUGUCAUUGCUGCUCAGGCAGGGGCUGUGUUGGGUGUCGUUUUCAUUUGCUCCACAUCUGGGAUGAGGUGAAGAGAUAUGCCCUUUAAAAGGGCUCUUUAAAAAGUCACCUCAUAUUGCAAUCUCUGAAGUUGGAUAUGAUGUUUAACUUUUGUUGUUUGACUUUACAAAUGGUUCCCUCAAUGUAGUUUGAGCUGCUCGUCUAAAAUUACCAUUAAUGUCAUGAACAGUGAUAUUUAAAAGCCACUUUGCUGAUAGGGUUAUAAUCAUUUUACCAAACCAACAUUUUAAACCUUGAAAUACACCUGAGCCCCCUGAAAUGGACCAUAUGCAAAUGUUGAUUAGACCCAAUCUGUCUGUCAUUCCCUCUGAUUGACCUUCCCAUGUCCAGUGAGUAGGGACAGUCUGAGUCAGGAAACAGUUCACUCAAAUCAAAGUCUUCUCAGUGCUGCAGGUGUGUUUUGGAGUUUCAGAUACUAUGCUUCCUAUUUUCAGGCAUUUCGAGAAGAAUCACAGUCAUCAUCUUGUACAUAUCAAAAUACUUUGCUAUAUUUUGGCGUAGACCCCAACAAACAGCUGUCUGAUAUUUAUCACAGUCCAGUUACCCCGCCAACACUGAUGUGCAAUCUCUUUUUGAGUGUUUGAGUGUUAAUAUUGAAAUAUCUCCACAUUCCAAAGUUAUCUCCCAGCUCAUUGUGCUGUGCUUUUAAACAUACACAGGUUGUACACAAAUGCAUCGGUAUGAUAUAAUAUAUUACCAUAUAUUACCGUUAUUACGAGAGCUGUAUUCCACCUAAUGCUCAUACUGUUAAUGUCAGCUUAUUUCUGAUGACAGACGAACUUAAGGACAGAUAUCUGAGCUGAAUCACUUGCUUCAUCACAAUCAUCACAAAGCCCAUUCUUCACUUGGAAUACCACCACUCACAAUAUCUGAAUUUCUGAUGUACUGAUCUCACAAUUACAAUAAUCUUGUGAUUAAGAGAAAUAUUUUGUAUUUUAAAUUAGAUUACAGAUAUGGGCCUUUUCACGAUUUUCCUCAAUUGAAACAACAACGUUGUUUGUCAGUACCCAUCACUAUUACAAUCCAUAUGACUCCCGGCCGCUGAGGGGAGGGUUUGUCGCAGUACUUAUAAUACCAUCAUUAUAUUAGAGCUGCAAAAAGAGGCUGUGUUAUGCAUUUUAAUAAACAGCUCAUGCUGUCCUUUUACAUUUGGGAAGAAGAAGGCAUUUUGAUCUCCUUCCAAAUGAGUGUUGAUCCUCUCAGGUGUUCAGUAGGACAUUCAUGUCCUGUCCUCACUUGUCCCCAUUAAGCAUGGGCCCUUUCACUCCGAUCAUCUGUCCUGUACAUAUUCUCCAAAGGUGCAUAAUCCCUUUAUGGUUAGAAGGAUCCAGCCAUGUGAGAUCCUGAUGCUGUACCAACACGCUUUCUAAAACCAUCCUAAGGGAACCUGUUUUUAGACUUCACAGAGACAGUACCUCUCAGAACUCUAUUUUGUUGGUUUUUAAAAAGUCAACUUUUGAUAAUGGCACUUUUUAUAAACCGUAGCCGGUUACGACAAUAAUUUAUACUUCACAGCAGAGAGAAAAUUAUUCUCACCUUAGGUCAUGUGACGUCUGAGUGAUUAUUUUUGGUAUCAGGACGUUGAGCAUGAAAAACCUUUUUCUUCUACUGUGCAAGCACAAAGCACUCAUUUUUGAUGUACCUUACACAAGUACUAACCUGAAAACCCUCUGAACCUGGUCUUUUUCGUAAAUGGUCAGAAUGUCCUCAAUUUGUAUGAGGUACAACAUUUUGAUUUUGUGAUAGCUUCCAAUAGAACCUCCAAACCCGUAAUUCCCUCACAGCACACAGUUGAUGUUAAGAUUCAAUGCUUCACUCAAAUCUAGAGGGAAUGCACCUUCACCUUCCAGGAGUUAGUUGUUCUUCAAGAUUUGCUAAAUAAACAAAACAAUUCCAUGCAGGUUUGAAUUUGUAUAAUUGUUCAUUUUAAUGUGUGUUGACCUCUUUGAUCUCCCUCCUUUGAUUGUUACAUACUGGUGCACAGUGAGAUGAAGAAAAGCACUGACAUUGAUAUUUAAUAAAUGUUGUUCAGUCAGUCUUUUCAAACUGGUCUGCAAUGUUUUGUCAUGCAAUGGCCCUUCAUGUUUAACAGACGCACAAAGACACUGUACUGCACUAUACUGUACAUAGGCAUGCUUUAGGAACAUUACAGUGUUUUCAGAUGACCCUAUUCAAACUGGAAUAUUUAACGUGUUUAAAAUAAACAAGACAGAAAGAAAAAUAUGAGAAAAACCCAUCAGCACAAAGCAUCUCUUUUUGGAGAAUAUGAAGAAGCGAUCCAUUGUGUGACCCUCAUUUCAGCCUGGAUGAAUGUCUACUAUCGACAUGUGCAUAAAUGGGGUGCACUUCACAACAUUACAAAACGUAAUGAUUUAAAAAGAUAAUAAUAUAUUCAAUUUUGAACAAUCAAGAUGUCAAAGAAAAUGUUUUUGACAUUGUUAUAUGGAAUCAAUUAUGCGAAGUGUCAAAUGUUCACAGAAAAACAACUGGAUUAUUCUGUGAAGAGCUUUGGAAACUAAACCUGGUAAUUAUACAACUCAUAACAAUGUUCCUUCACUUCAUAUGAUUUCUAUUUGUUUUUUUAGUGGGUCUAGAGUCUCACCUGUGUGUGUGGGUCAUUCACAGAAACAGCCUCUCUUUAAUAUGACCUCCAUGUAAAGUUUUAAGAGAACCUUUUUUGUAAGUGUUUAGUGCGUGUGUGUGCAUGCGUGCCUGUGUGUGCUAUGCUCCGUCCACAUGCUGGCCCUUGUUUGAGCUGCACUGUGCAGAUCUCAGUACUGACAUAGAGCUGACAUGUGCCUGGUUCUGGCGACAGGUUUAAUUUUCAUUAUUCCUUUAGAAAAAGUUAGAAAGAUUCACAUUUUACACAAUUUGACCACAAGCGUGAUGAGAAAAGACCACUCAGUAGGAGGUGUAUGUUCUGAUGGAUCUACCCCGCAUACCUAUGUGUUAGGAACAGAAUGCAACACGUCAUACAGUAGGUCAGGCUAUUUCACUUAUUUUAAACUGUUAAUGGCCCCUAAAACAAUACCCAACCUGGCAACCCCACAGUGACAAUGCGAGACAUGCUGUUGAUCGUCAAAAUAUCCUGUAGUCCCCCAACACCUUGAGAAAUUAAUGUUUUUAUAUUUCUGUGUACAGACCAAUCAAACAUGUCCAUCAGUGAGUUCAAUGGCUUUUUUUAUUUGAUGGACUAAGAGCCAUAUUCUCAUCUGACUUCCCUAGAGAAAGGGAAUAAACGUUGUUCAUAAUGUUGGCUUGUGUAUGUGGAGCCACUAUUUAUACAAUUUAUUAUGCCGAACUACAGCACAUUAAGAGAAAGAAGACAGUAGUUUCACAGUAUUUUACAGACUGAAGGUUAUCGUUAAUUUUCAGAAUCCAGUAUUUCAGCUUUAUGAAGUACCUAUCCCCUGUACUGCACUCUUCCUGUCUGCCUGACCAUGAGAGGCCCAAAAACCUCUCUUCUCUGUGAAAAAAGACUUUCAAAUAUAUUCUCUGGACACUUUUUGGUCCCACAAACAUCACAGGGUCUGUUAGACUCCUCUCUUCCCCGUCCUUACCACUGUGAUCUCAUAUGGACUUCUGUUUUUCUAUGUUGUGAAUUUUCUGUAUAAAUGUAUAUUUGAUAGUAUACCUGUGAAUGAUGUAUCAGUUUUAAUUAUUUGUAAUACUGUCAUUGGUUUAUUUUGUUAAGAAAGACAAGAAAAUGAAAAGAAAACACAACAAACUGAGUUUUUUAGUUGCUGACUUCAAUAAAAAACUAAAGCAAAGGUGA